CUCUUUUAAAAAACAUGUAACCAUUUCUCUUUUGUUUUUGCAGGCACUAAUGGUGAGAAGAGACGUAUAAAGAUAACAGUUCAGAAAGAAGAGAAUGUGAUCAUUCCAUGUUUCUAUGAUAAUAAGUACACUGAUUAUCGGAAAAAAAGGUGCAGGGAAUUAAUGACAAAUUGUAUUUCUCAAGGAGACGGUUUGUCAGUCACUGAUUCCCCUGAUCAGGGUGUCUUCACAGUGACCAUGAGGAGCCUGCAGAGUGAUGAUUCUGGCUUAUACUCAUGUGCUGUACAAGCUGAUGGGGAAAUCAGAGCAGUUGGCGAUUCAUAUAGCAUUACAGUCAUCAAUGGUUCUCCAGAUCUGUCAGUGAGGGACAUCAUGGUGAAUGGUGAGGAGGGCGGUACUGUCACUGUACAGUGUCUCUACAGUGACAAAGACAAGUACACCAGGAAAACAUGGUGCAGGAGAAACAUGGAGAAGCCCUGUUUACAAACAUGGAGCAGAACUUUCGACAGAGACAGAACUAAACUGCAUGUCAAUAAUGUACAAAGAAUAAUGACUGUGACUCUGACCAGACUGGAGAUGAAGGACACAGACUGUUACUGGUGCGGUGUGGGAGACUUAAACUUCCCCGUUCAUAUUACUGUUUCUCAUCAAACACAGAGUAAGCUAAACGCUGAACAAAGCAUGACUCUCAAAUAGAUAUGAUAAUAAUGUUACACUGAUUGACUAUCAAUUUAAUACUCAUAAAUAAUAUUCAUAUUUUAAAUCUAUGCUAGGGUUCCUUCGAGUUGUCCAGUUUCCCCCAUAGGCCAUAAAGUUGUCACAGUGAAUUGGAGUUACCAUAUUGUAGGUGUGAAUCUGUGAGUGAGUGUGUGUACAUGUGCCCUGUGAUGGGUUGGCACUCCAUCUUGGGCUAUUAUGUGCCUUGCGCUCUUAGCUUCUGGGAUAAGCUCCAGCCUCUGCAACAGGGCCGGCAUCAGAGUGGAUCUACCGGGCUGGCAUCUAACUAACUAUGGGGGGGCACUAUCGAUCGUGAACUAUAUUCAUAUGAGCGACACUAGAGGUUGACAAUUUUUCGUGACUCCCGUGGGUCA